CCCAGUCAAAAGCUUAGAUCAGACACAAGAGAUCAUUAACAAAAUUAAACUAAAUAGCCAAACUCACACCAACCCAGAUGAAUAUCUCAGUGCAAGAACAUGCCCUAUUGCAAGCAAAACCCAUCAAUUGAAACCCCAAAAAAGGCCAAACCUAGAUUGACCUAAAACAAGAAUGUCCGUAAGCUCAUUCACCAUUUCAUUAUGGGAGUGGGGGCAUUUCCACGGAAGCAAAGUAAAAGAGGAGCAGGAGGAGGAGACUACAAGCCAUCGUGCAGAUCAAUCUGGUCUUUCUCUACGCUAAUCAGCUUCAGAUGUGUGGAGUAUAUGCUUUCUACGACGCCAAUCGCCUUCGGAUUUGGAGAUCUGUGCUUUCUCUGGCACGAAUUGUCUUCAGAUUCGGAGGCGACGGGCAUGACGAGAGUCGAUCUGGGGAUAUGUGCUUUUAUAGAAAAGGCAGCGAAACGACUCCCGCACCGAUCAGGCCUCCUCCGAGCGUGCAACCUGUUCUCUGGACCGAAGAUUCAUCUUGCAGCGCCAGCGCCAGCUCCUGCGACAUCAGGAGUUCCAACGAGAAUCCUCUCCCCGAGGUCUGAUUGGCCACAGCGGUGAUGGAGAUCCCAGUGAGGGAUAACUGUUCGCGAGAUGGGAAGGGGGGAAAAUGGAGAUCUAACCUCCUCCAUGAGAAUGGAAGGCAGAUCGAGAGAUGGGAAGAGGGGGCUUGAUUUUGAGCGGAACCUAUUUUGUGUAGGGAUUGGGGGUCGCAACAGUAGCGGCGGAAGAAGGUGGAGGUGGGGAUAAAUUAUUGUUUUUAAUGAUUAUAAUUUAAAUAAAUUGAUUUUAUUUUUACUUUUUUACUUUUCUUAUUAAUCCACGUGGACUGGUGGGACAAUAAAUUGCCAACUCACCAUUUUCCGUCAGUCCGGUCAUACCAUUUACUGACACCGUUAAAGCAAUGGACGGAAUUGCAUAUUUCGUGUAUUUCAAUAGUUGUGGAUAUAUUUUUCACAAACAUGCUAGUUGUGGAUAUACAAUUGUAUCUUGCCUUGUUUUAAUAAAGUUCUUUAAACUUG